UCACAGGCCUAAGAAUUUCUUAAUAAUGUUUAUUUUAGUCAUUCAUUGUUGUAAGUUUAUUCUUGUGUUUAACUGAAUUUGUCACCAAUCAACGAAUGUUUGGUGGUAAAAGUGCCGAUAUUUUUUAUUGUGUUACUUCCAUCUAUUUAUUAACAUAUGAAAGGCAAGAUUCUAGAAUCGAUUUUAUUCGGAUUUUUUUUCUGUUUUGUUAUUUCCUCUUGUUUUGCUUCAAUUUUCCCUCUUUUAGACAUCAAGGAAGUCGGUUAUUCUGAAUGUAACCAUUUACAAGCUUUGGUUACAUUCACGUUUCCUUUAACAAGCUAACCGGUUGCCAAUGGAGCAAAGAUUAGCAUACAAUAACGAAGUUAAAGUGACCCGAAAUUUUUGUAAGCUACAAAAGCUUGGAUCGAUAUGAUAAAAUUAUUGAAUUACUGGAUGAAUUUUGUCCAUUUAAUUUUCAAAAAUAACAUGGCAAGACAAUUAUUCAAUCCAUUAAAUGAGGGUUUAAAAAUUUUGGUCAAGAUGGCAAGAAAAAAGCAUAAACAAGGUUCAUUUGGAUGGUUUGUUUUGGUCAGUUUGUCUUCAUCUCCCUCUUUUUUUCUUCAGUGUUUAUAAUGGCUUCUUCCCCAUCACCAUCAUAUUUAAUGUAUGGUGACCCCGAACCACCAUUUUUGGCCAUUGGUACCGAUGUUUCUGCCAAGUAUAAAGGAGCCUUUUGUGAAGCUAAAAUUAAGAAAGUUACUCGACUAGUUAAGUGUCGUGUUACCUUUAAAAAUAACUGUGGCUCUGUUAUGGUCACUGAUGAUAAUAUCAAAGGUCUUCUUCGUGUUGGUGCCCAUAUUGAAGCAAAACAUCCCGACAAAAAUAAGUAUUUGGAAGGCAUCAUAAAUAAAAUAAUUGAUGCUUCUCAAUAUACUGUUGUCUUUGAUGAUGGUGAUGAGAUAACAUUAAGAAGGACGAGUCUGUGUCUUAAAUCCGGUAAACAUUUUGCUGAAUCUGAGUCACUGGACCACCUGCCAUUGACAAACCCUGAACAUUUUGGCAACCCUGUUAAAUUGGGGGUUAAGCGAGGAAGACAAAGACGUCGUCGUAAAGCAAUUUCUUCGGCAGCGUCUAAUUCAUCUACUAUAUCAGACGCUGAGAGCGAUGAUUCUGCUGAAAUCGAUGAAAUUCCCGAUAAGAAAGAAGAAUCCAUAAAGGAGGAAACUAAUGAGUCGCAAGCUGAUAUCGAUGAUUGUGACAAGAAAUCAAACGGUAAUUCAGUUAAUGGGUCAGUUUCUUCAUCCACAGCUACCACAGUCACUACUUCUUUGACAAAGAGAGGUAAAAGAAGAGGAAAAUCAGGUCGAAAGAAAAUUAAUAAAACAGGUACUGACGACGAGGAUGAUGGAGGUGAUAUUGGUGAUAAAAAUUUCGGAGGUAAUAUGGACUCAGAAACAGAGUCAGAGACUGAAUUCGACGUUAAGACCCCAACCAUUUCUAAAGAUGUUGUUGUUGAAGUGGACAAUCGUGUAAGAGUCAAAUAUGGUAAAGGAAAAGCGGUCAAAAUUUACGAAGCUAAAGUAUUAAAAACUGAUAAUGAUCCUGAUCUUAACAAGAGAAGGUAUUUUGUUCACUAUACUGGCUGGAACGUUCGUUAUGAUGAAUGGAUAAAAAGGACCAGGAUUGUUGAUGUUGUAAGAGACAAAGUGACUAAGCGUAGAGGUUCCAAGAUGAGAAAAGGUAUAUCGAUUGGUGAAGAAAGCCCAUUAAACAUGAAAGAUGAAUCCGAAGAUGCUCCUAAAGAGUACCAUAAAGAGAAAAUGGAAUCAAAAGAAUCAAAAAAUAAAACCGGAGUAGUUGCAAAGAGAGGAAGACCUUCAUCAUCUUCUAUUGAUAAAUUGAAUGAUUCAAAAGAUUCGUCUUUCAGAAAGAAGAUGAAGGGUGUUAAACGAAAGUCUAAAGGAGAGCCUAAUGUGUCUCGUGAAUCAACUAAUCAUCUGGACGAAGAUGCAUCGAGUCAAACUAAAGUGAAAAUUGAAGAUGUAGAUGAUGCAAAUGAAAGUGGUAAUAGGUCAAGUGAUGAAACAAAACCUGAUGAACUGCAUGAAGAGGCUAAGGAUAAAAGUGCUGAUACUGAAAUUGACGAGUGUGAAAAAUCAAAACUUGAUGAUGACUGUGCUGUUGAAGUGAAUAUUGUUGAUGAUAAAUGUGAGACAGAAGGAGAAUCCAUAAUUGAACCCGUUGAAAUAUCUGAAUCAAUAGUACCAACAACCAUCAAAGAAGAAAGCUCACUAGUUGAUGAUCAACCAGAACAUUUAAGUAAAAUACAAAUCACAGAGGAUUUAUUAACUUGUGAUGAAAAUCUUGCUAAAUCACCAAUUAGACCAGAGUCACCGGAAAGAGAUGUUUCAACAGAGAAUAUAAACGUGUCCAGGGAAGAAGAAAGUAAACUUGAUCCUUCAUUCAAUUUCAGUACAACGACGGAUGAUGCAGUGUCAAACAAUGAAGACGAAGAAAAGCCAACCAAACCUAUUGUCAAUAAGCGCAAGCAACCAAUCAAACAGCUGAAUAAGAAAGAAAAAGACCGCAAAAAAAGUAAACCAGCCGAUAGUCUUGAUACAGACAACAAAGAAAAGUUAGAUGGUAAUAUUUUAAUAAAGAAGAGAAAGUUCAAUAUUAAAAAGUCGGAAGAAUCUCCAGUUAAUGAUGACUCAAAGAAGCCUUUGAAAUUUGGAAAGAAAAAGCGUAAAUCACCAUUACCUGAAAGUGAAGAAGCUGAAAAGGAUGAUAGUCCAGAAAACCCUUCAGCUGAUCCUGAGUUCGACACCAAAGGUAAAAAGAGGAAAAGAUCUCUUAAUAAAGUUAAGCAAUCAAUCAAUGAACCUCCAGUGAAAAACGUUCCCUCGCCAGUAGGCGAUGGUAAAGUGAGAGAAGGCCAUGCACCUAAGAAAAGGUUGAAAAAGGAUGCUGAAGAAUUGAAAAGGAAAGAAAUUGAUCGGGGAAAAGUUGAGAAAGAACGAGAAGUUAAAGAAGACUUCGAAGAUGACUUAGAAAAGGAAAGUGAAACGGAAAAAGUUAAAGUUAAAGAGGAUGAAAGAAAAGAAACAGACCAAGAUGAUGAAGAAAACCAAGAAAUUGCGAGCCUUUUUGACGCUAAAUCAUCAACUGUGCCUGAAGAAAUAAGUUCAACAUUCGCUGUUUCUAUUGAAAAUAUUCAAGAAGUAGGCGGGUCAUUUUUAUUGUGUAAAGAAGAGGUGCCUGCAAGUCCUCCCGGUCAUCAACAAGAUGCAAUCGACACCAUUACAAAUUCUGUGCCAGUACCGAGUGUUUCAAUUCCUGAGACUUCGACCAUCUCAUCAUGCUUGUCAUCAACUCAACCAUCUUCUGCUCAUCCUGUAUGUCACUCAUCAUCAUCUUCAUCCUCAUCUUCGUCCUCAUCUUCAUCUUCCUCUUCGUCUUCAUCUUCAUCUUCGUCAUCAUCUACAGCCACUUCAUCGUCCCAACCUAAUCUAUUACCACAGUUAAAAGAUAAAAAUAAUGCUGACCCAGAGCCAAUUCCACCUCAUCAAGUUAAUAAUCGUGAUAACAAUCAACUAUCCCCACCGACAACUCCUGAAAGCCUUAAAAGUGGAACUCUUCCUCCAUCAUCACCUCCACCUCAUGAAAGAGAAACAAGUGACAAUGAAAAAAACCAAAGCCGCAUUCAAAAUGAUCAGCAAUUCUCAUCUGAUUUGGAAGUAUCCAAGACAGCCCUUGCCUCGGCUAUCAGUGCAUUAGACUCUUUAGCUACUGCAGCAUCCGGGGCUCCUCCUGCUAUCAUCAAAGACUGUAACUUAUCAUCUCCUACACAAAAUACAUCUGAAGAUUCGUGCUCAAGAAAUAGUGUCAAUGACUCAAACAAAACUGACAAAAUGAUCACAAUCCAUCCAAUAAUAUCACCUAAAAAGAGAAGAGGACGAGUACGUACCUCAUCUACCUCAGAGACAAAGGAGAGUAAGCCAAAUUAUCAAACGGUCGGAUGUAAAACACGAGGUUCUACGGGUCGAAAAACUCGCCAAUAUGGAGAAUCUUCGAAUGAACCUUUCAUCACCUCGGACCCAUUAAGUGAUUCUAUGUCAACUGCAUUUCCAUCCCUUUCUCUUUCCAAUUACAGUCCCAAUGCUUUCGUGUACAGUGUUAAUCCUACCUCUAAGUAUAAUUACUGCACACCUAUUGACGUAAAUCUCGAAGGGGAGAAGCGAAUUCAAAUAUUGCAAGAAAGGCUACAAGAUCUUCGGAAAACUUAUUUUAACAUUAAGGCAGAAGUUGCAUCUAUUGAAAGGAGAAGGAAAAAGGCAAAAAAGAAGGAUAAAGACUCAUCUUCACCUAUCUCACCAACUUCCUCAUCUCUAUCUCAGUCACAAGAAACAACAACUCGUAAUCAUCUCAAAGAUCAUUCAUCUAAUGAGAUAAUGAAUGAAACUACGGUACAAGCACAAAGUUGUUCAGCGUAAAUUUUAUCUCAAGUAGUGACAAAGGAAACGAAAUGAAAAAAAGAGUUGCAACAAGAACACGCAAAAACGCAUAGACAAUAAAAACCAGAGAAGAAGCUGGAUUACAAACUUGAACAAAUUAAUUAACUUUAAUAGAUUUAUUUAUAUAUGCUUAUCAAUCUCAUAUUUCUCCUCGUCAUCAAUAACCUUACCCUUCUUCUUUAUCUUCUUAAAGUGUCAUUAAAAUAUCAAUAAUAUAAGAGUAAAGAACAAUUCUUUUUUUUCUCGCCUUCGAAAGUCUAUCAUUAAGAAUUCUCAUGUCCAUUUGAAAUUUUUCUCCCCAAUCUCUUGUAAGCAUGAACAUUUUCACUUUUUUGAUCUUUAAUGUCAAAUCUUCAAGUUGAUUCCAGUUAAGAUGAUACCUUUAAGAUACCUUUACAAUAUCAAGCCCAAGUCAAAAUUAAAUAGAAGAGUUGAUUGACAA